AUGGGUGCUGUGUUGGGCGUUGCGUCCCUUGCCCUCGGCUCAGGAGCCGUUCCUCUCGACCUGAACAAUCUCAACAACGGUCAUCUCUCGCUGCAACUCAACAUCGACCUCAACCAAGACGCCUUCGGAGCCAACGCCUUCGCGGCGAACGAUCUCUUCACCUUCACGUCUCUCCACUCCAUCCAAGCCACCCCAGACCAAGUCGUCAACGACACAACACCGACGGGUGGUCUCGCCGGUGCCUCCGGGGUUUUCAACUUCGGAAUUAACUCGCACGCCAACAUGAUUUGUUACAACAUCACCCUGCACAAUUUCCAGGGCGAGUUCGAGUCGCCAGCCGACACAGCGACACACAUCCACGAAGCCGCGCGCGGUGCAUCUGGCCCGCCCCGCAUUGCGUUCCCCAACCCCGAGCCGAUCGACGAGGCGGGCACUGUUCGCAACAGCGCUGGAUGCUUGAAGGGGCCUUUCGUAACGGGCGUGAUUAUGGAGGAGAAGGAUACGGGAGAGGGUUUCCAUGUCAGCCAGAUCGAGCAGAAUCCUGCGGCUUUCAUGGCGGACACGCAUUCGAGCCUUGCACUUCCAGGUGCUGUUCGAGGGCAGAUUGCUUGA